AUGUAUGAAAAAUUGAAAGCAAUAUUAGGUCAAAUAAACUCUGAUGGAAAUUUUGACCCAGAUCAUGUAGUUCCAGUAGUAAAAGAAUUUUUACAGAGAGAGCAGAAAGCUAACGAUUUUGAUAUAAAUAAUCGAUUCAAAAAAGAUGAUGGAGAGUUUACAUUACUGCACGUCGCUGCUCAAAACGAUUAUGUAAAAGUAUUAAAGGCUCUAUUAGCAGGAGGUGCAGAUGUUAAUGCUAAAGAUCACAAAGAAAGAACUCCUUUACAUUUGGCUGCUAAAAAAGGUANCCAGUAGUAAAAGAAUUUUUACAGAGAGAGCAGAAAGCAAACGAUUUUGAUAUAAAUAAUCGAUUCAAAAAAGAUGAUGGAGAUUUCACAUUACUGCAUAUCGCUGCUCAAAACGGUUAUGUAAAAGUAUUAAAUGCUCUAAUAAAAGCAGAUGCAGAUGUUAAUGCUAAAGAUAAUGAAGAAAAAACUCCUUUACACUUGGCUGCUUUAAAUGGCCAUACAGAUGUAAUAAAGGCUCUAUUAGCAGGAGGUGCAUAUGCUUAUGCUAUAGAUAAUAAUAAAAAAAUUGCUUUGAUUUAUGCUAGAGAUAAAGGUCAUGUAAAUGCAGCAGAUGCUUUAAGAUCACAUACAUAUUCGGACACUACUCCAGGAGCGGGUAAAAAUGUUAAUGGAGAGGCAGAAUAUUCACACAGAGUAACCAUUUUACAUCAAGACCCUAGGGAAGGAAGAAAACAACGUUUUAAACCAAUUAUAGCAGGUGCUGUUGCUUUUUGUGCAACCGCAGCAUUUGAAGCGUUUAUACUAGCGUUGAUUAUUGCAAAAGGAGACUUUCCUGUUGAGCUAUUUCCUAUAGCGAUAGCAGUUCUUGUAAUUGCAGCAGUUUCACUAAUAACUGGUACAAUUGCAUAUAAAGCAUUUGAACCUCGUACUCAAGUGAACGCAGUAGAUGCAGAUAUAGCUAACUCAGAUAAGGGUUACAUAGCUGAAUAA